AUGUCCCGAUCACAAGCUAAUAGUAUACCAGUUCCUGUUGUCUUUAUUAGAUUCAAUUCAGCGGUUUAUUCUAAUUAUAAUAUUAAUUGUUCUUACGUACUUGCUACUGGCGCCACCACCUCUUGCAAUGAUAAAUUAGAUAACGUCACUGAUUCAUCUGCGAUAGUUUUUUUUUACUAUGAUCCUGAUAUUGGUUUUACGGAUGGAACUUCUUUAAAUAUGCCCAUUGGAAUUGAUUUCCGAAUUUCUGCCAAUAAUUCGUUUGCAGAUGAUAUUGGUCCAGCCCUUAUAACAUAUCCAAUAAUACGACUUAUUGAUCCAGAUUUAUUUAAUAACACUAACAAACAUGCUGACGAUAAGCUAAUCGAUGUUAUGAGUGAAGAAUCUAAUAUGUACGCUCUUUCGCCGUACCAG